AUGGAGGAUUUCCAAUCUCCUAGAGUACGAUCUUAUACAUCGUAUGAAGGAGAUUGGAACCUUCAACUGGUUGAUCCUGCCGAUUUAAAACCGGUAAGAGGAAUUUACGUUGUUAGAGAAUCUAAGCGUAAUUACUCUCCAAUGACAUCAGAUCUAUGGCGUAAGAUUUCUUACAAAGACUUGCCCGUUAGACCCAGGAGAUCUUCUUCUCAUUCUUCAUCCUUAAAAGGAUUUACAAAUGAUCCAAGAGACCCGAGUGUUGACACAGUCCGUUCUUUAAAGCGCUUUGGAUUCCCUGAAGGUUUGGAUCAUAACGGAGGUGGAGAAGUUCUCUUGACAGUUGCAAAUGUCCAGACUUUAAAUGGUGUUCGAUGGGUUGAUGAAGGAAUGGUUAAGAGGAUACACGUGGUGUCACUUUCUCUGGAGAAGUGUCUUCCGACUUUGAACAUCUCAUGA